GUAAAUCGCUGCAGAGUCUACACCAAGUGGCGGAGUCAGCUGGAGCAUUCAGUGUUGGUAAAAGAGGGAGUUUACCCUGGUUUCCCCGUGACCGUACGGGUAGAGAGGUUCACUCACUAAGUCAGCGUUCCCCUCUGAGCUGCACCCUUGGAGGAUGGAGCAGACUCUCGCCCAUAAACGAGCGCUGGUUACGGGCGCUGGGAAAGGCAUUGGAAGAGCCACUGCUAAGGCUCUACUAGAAUGUGGUGCAGAAGUUAUUGCGUUAAGCAGGACACAAUCUGAUUUGGAUAGCCUUGUUCAGGAGUGCCCAAAGAUGUUGACUAUUUGUGUGGACAUCAGUAAUUGGGAAGCCACCGAAAAUGCUCUGAAGGAUGUAGGCCGCAUAGACCUCUUAGUGAACAAUGCUGCAGUUGCCGUUUUGCAGCCCUUCCUAAGUGUCACAGAGGAUGCAUUUGAUAAAGUGUUUGAUGUUAAUGUGAAAGCGCUAAUGCAUGUUGCACAGAUAAUUGCAAAGGGGAUGAUGUGUCGUGGAGAAGGUGGUUCUAUUGUGAACAUCUCCAGCCAGGCAUCCAAGUGUGCUUUGAGAGAUCAUGCUGUAUACUGUGCCUCAAAAGGAGCUGUGGACAUGUUAACAAAAGUGAUGGCACUUGAGUUGGGACCACACAAGAUCCGAACAAAUGCAAUAAAUCCCACCGUAGUGAUGACUGCAAUGGGUCGGAUUGGAUGGAGUGACCCAGAAAAAGCAGCAGGAAUGUUGUCUCGUAUCCCAUUGCAUAGGUUUGCAGAAGAAGAAGAUGUGGUGAAUACAAUAAUUUUCCUCCUCAGUGAUAGAAGUGCAAUGAUUAAUGGAGUGACUCUGCCUGUGGACGGAGGAUUUCUUUCUUCAUGAAUUAGUCGUUUUAGUGAAAUUGGUAAAAUAGAUCUCACAAUGUUGCUAAGGAUGUGUCUUGUAAUAGCUGGUUCAUUAAAAACCUUUAUCAGAUUA